AUGUCUUUUAUUAAGAACUUUUUGACAGGUGCUGUGAAGACCACAGCUGACCCAACGGGUUUAACGCAAAGUGGUAGCGGCAACGAAGGUGCUAGCUCUAAGUCAAAUGACCCAAUUGUGGAAGGAAAGUUUUAUCCCAGAACGCUAUCCAAAUUCAAUGGACAUGACGAUGAAAAGAUCUUUAUCGCAGUUUUGGGGAAAGUGUACGACUGCAGCCAAGGAAGACAAUUUUACGGGCCUAGCGGACCAUACUCUAAUUUUGCUGGACAUGAUGCAUCCAGAGGACUUGCUACAAACUCAUUUGAUUUGGAUACAGUAAGACACUGGGACCAACCUAUAGAUACUCUCCAGGACUUAAACGAGCAAGAGCGGGGAGCUCUAGAAGGAUGGGCUGCGCAUUUCCAAAAGAAGUACCCAUGCAUAGGAAGUUUGGAAGCUGAACCCGGUGUAAACAAUUAG